CCCGGGUGAAAUCCGGGGUACCGCAUACCUUGAGUAUGAAAACGCUAUCUAGACCUCGAAUUAGCAGGAUUUUUUGGCAUGAUACUAUACCAUAACCCUUAUUGAGGGAACCCUAGGUGCUAAUUAUCUAAAUCAUAAACUAUAAACCCUAAGAUGGUGCAUUAAUUUUUUUGCCUAUAUUUGGACGAAUCAUAACCGUAGAUUAUUUUUUCUAAUUAAAUUGAUCUUGGAAUAUACGAUUUAGAGAAUUAAGACCUAAAUUUUGAUCUUUAAGGGUUAGAGUCUAGUUUCAUGUACGAAAGAUCAGUCAAUUAAAGUUCUGGAUAGCGUUUUCUUACUCAAGGUAUGCGAUACCCGGAUUUCACCCUGGGUACCCACUUUUUUGGGUGCGCUCAGUGCACCCGCCUCGUAAUUGUCAUUAUGAGUAUGCGAUUCAUGUCAAAACGGUAUCAAUUGUUGCUUAUGAUAUUAUGAACAAGAAUCACAUGAAUUUGAAAAAAAAUCAUUCAAACUUUCUUUAAUUCGAAGGAUUUAGGAUUUAGGGAAUUAGCUUUAGGGUUUAGGUUUACAAUUUGGGAUUUUGGGUUGGGAUUCAAAAUUGAAGGUUAAGGGGUUAGGGUAAUAGAUUGAUUUGUUAUGAUUCUUUGUCAUAACAUCAUAUUAGAUUCAGAGUACUAAUUAAAGUUCAAAAUUUGAUGUAUUAUGAACACUUUUAGAGUUGGGUGCACUGUGUAUAUUGGUUAUUUUGGCUAACCAAUUAACCAAACCGAUUAAACUUUAGUUUGGUUAAUUUGAUUGUUGUAUUAGUUUGGAUGGUUUGGUUAUGAUAUUAUAUUCUAUAAUUAAUAGAAUUUAGUCUUAUUUUAUUUGGUAAUUACUAUGAUAACCAUUUGAAAUCGUAUUCGCUUUUUUCGGGCCCGUAUGAGGCCCAAGUGAUAUGGAUUUGGCUUCUUGGUGCACUUCCACAAUAACCCAAAAUGGAACCAGCUGGACUGGAGAGAAAGCAUUAUGCUUGCUUGCGUAAGAAAAUCUCACUAUCCAUCUCCAAUAUUACAUCUGCUCAAAAGUUAAGAAAGUAACCUUUCACAUGGCAGAUAAGAGCAGUGAAGGAUCAUCGAAAAUAUACGCACAAUUGCGUUUCAUAAUCAGACUCAAUUUGACCACUAAAGUUGAUUAACUUUGUAAAGGUAAUUAACUAAUUAAGUAAAAAUAAAUGAAGGACCAUUUCGAACGUGGAAGUGGCAGGAAAUUAGGCAAACAAAUUUUUUUUUUGUCGGUAAUGGGCUCUUCUUCCUCUUCUCCCCCGUCGCUCUAAUGUGAAAGCAAAGACAAAAUUAGCUGUACUAAUUUUUUUUAUAUAUAAUUGAGGUAAUUUUUUCUUUUUAUUUACAUAAGUGAUUAUAGUUUCUAUUAAUGGUUGAAUAGGUUACUUAUAUCAUAUGUACCAGUUUAAUUACAGCAGGGAAUGGAAAGGAACUAGAAGAAGGUCGUGCAUAACAGCUAUAUACCUUGUUGGAUAAGUGUUAAACUACUAAUUAAAGUUGUUUGGGCAACCAUUUUGAUGUGAUUCUGUCAUUAGUAAAUAUGUUGUUUCUAAGUAAUUACAUUCACUUUUUCAAGAAAUUAUAGAAAUGCUUCUUUCUGUUGCUAACAUCAACGUAUAAGUUAGGAUUUCGAAAACAGAAUCUCUCAAUCAUCAACAAUGUCUCUAGACUAUGAUAUUUAUGUCGAAAAUGAGUUGACCGAUAUGAUAUUUGAGAAUCUUAUAUCAACACUGUGCAACUAGUGCACCACAUCCAUCAAUUUGGGCAUGAUCUAGACCGCAAACAUAAAAGAAAGGCCGAAAUUUAUCGUGAAAUUAAAGAUGGGGGGACAAGCAAUGCAAAUUGCGAAGCAAGACCUCUGAAUUAGCUGUCCUUGGCUAGGGUUUGGAAAAGGAAAGACAUCUCUCAAUUUGUAGCCGGUCGGUGAGAUGUGGGGACUCUUUGAUCAUUUCCAAAUUAAAAUUUAACCACAUGAAAAGUAGAUAAUAACUUGGCUUGCAUUUACGACAAGAAUAGCGAUGUAUAAUAAUACGUCUGCAAUCACGCUUAUUAAAUACACUUCGAUAUGUUUCGACGAAUUAAAACUGUCGGUUACUAUCUUCCCAUCAACUCGACCUCGUGAUUUGAGUUCAGAGAAUUAGGAGCGAAAGUUCAAUCAUUAAAGAGGUUAUGCUGUAGUAUCACACCUCAAAGACUCAAAGUAUGGUUAAUUUGUGGUCUAAUUAGAGGGACUGGUCACUUGCCGUACGAUAAGGUUAGCGUAUACUUCGAUAUCGUGAUUCAAACAUAUGACUUUCCGUCAUCAAAUACAUCAUCAUUAUUCUAAAGCAUAGUUAGUAAAAUACGGUAUGGAAAAGUUACGUAUAAAAUAUGUACAUGUAUUUUACUUUAUCUUUAAGCUAAUGUUACGUUUAAUAGUACGUUAAUAGUCAUAAAUAUAUAAAAUUAAUUAUUUUUAAAAAUAUAAAAAAUAGUAUAAUUAAUAAUUUAGUUAAUUAAAUACGAAUAUUAAACAUGUUAUACGGGUUUAGUACGGGAGCUGUCAAAUGAACGGAAACAAAUGAAACAGCUUGACAAUAAUACGGAUACAGAAGUUUUAAACGGAUAAAAUACGUAUGGGUACAUAUACGUGUAUUUAACGGAGUAUUUACUAACUAUUGUUCUAAAGAUCAAUUUCAUCCUAAGGUAAAAAACAAUAAAUUUUAUAGUUAUAAUUUGUAUCAUCUGACAAGUGUACGUAUAGUAUCAUAAUCCUGGAUAAGCACAGUUGGAAUCAACAUCCUUCAAGUUUGGAUUGUCUGGUAAAUAAAAGUAUAGAAAUGGGGAUGAUAUAUACAUGAUCAUAAGCAGCCAUGCAUUGCACUUGAAUAAGAUGGUGAUAAGUACUUAGGAGCACAGAAAAAAAGGUGGGUCAAGAGUGCAGCCAAAACUAGGGCAGACAAGUGGAUAUUUUGGUUCUCAGAUAGUUACAGCUAGCUCUGUGGUUCUUGUAGUCCACGAGAUGAAUAUUAUUUUGAUCAGUUCAAUACUUUGAUAUGUGUUAUGCUUGUAUUGUUCGUGGCAAAUCUGUCCUUACACUUUGUAGAAGUCCUUUCAAACCUUAUUGCAGGGAGCAUCACGCGAUGUCAAAAAUUUACGAAAAUCCAAGCACAACCAAUUUCUCUUUCGAGGUCCCUAACUCGAUAUAGCCACUCUAUAUUUGUGUUUGGUUUUCGAUGUCCCGGUUCAUAAAUCCUUUUUGUUGAGUUUUGUUGGAGCACUUAAUUAAUUGUGUUUUUACGCAUCCAAGAAAUUAAACCUUAUUAUGUUUUACACUUACCCUAACUAGCUAGGCAUUAAUGAAUUAUGAGAGUGAAAGUGUAUAAUAAAUGUUGUGAAAGUGACAAUUUGCAAAAGUGACUACUUGAUUUUAUAAAGUAAAAACAAAAAAAAGGUGGUGAAAUUUUGGAAAUUGGGGGAAAGGAGGGAGGGGCCAGGUGGGUUUUGUAGCCACCACAUAAUCUCACAAUUAUGGCAAAUCCAAGUUGAUGGUGUGUACAUUGUUGUCCAAGUAAAUAUAAUCUCAAAAGAGGGGGGGAAAAUAUUUUUUUUGUAUAAAUAAUUAUAAUAAAAUAUGAAAGAAAUUAGUAAAGCCCACCAUGCACUCAACACUUACUCAUCGGCAGCUGUUUAGCAACUUAAAUUCUGGAAGGAGACGGCCAGCAGCUUCCUCUUGCCAUCCUCUUUUAAUUUCUUGAAUUAAGGAAGACCACUUUCCAAACAAGCAAUUAGCUAGCUAGCUAGCUAGGGGGAAGAAAUUAAAAUAGAGAGAACAAAAUCUAUAAACAAUUAGCUAACCAUGCUCUCUUAGCUAGUUAGCUUCACACACUAGACCAAGAUUUUCUCUUUUAUUUUUUUAAACACUGGUAGCUCGAAAUUAUGCGGGGUCGUUUGGAAGUUGCGAUUGUUUUGUUGAGAUUGUCAUUAUGCCAUGUAUUGUUUACAAUGCAUCAUUUUUUUUUUGUUUUUUUAGCAGAAACAAUAUAUGGAUUUGUUUCUGUGAUGUGACAGAAACUAUCACACUCAUUUUGAGUGAUUGUUAUACCUCAACUUUUAGUUGUGAUUGUUGAAGAUAGUUGAGUUGAGAUUGUUUUGUCCUAAGCUUUUAGCUGAUGCGACAUACACAAUCACACACAUACCAAACGUUGUAUUCUACAAUGCAUCGAAUUCGACAAUACAUGUAUAAUAUUAUACAUGCAUUCUCAACAAUACAUCUAUCUAACAAUCGCAACUUCCAAACGACCCCUACGUUUUGUGAAUCUGUUUAUAACAUUCUUUCACUAAUAUAUUUAUUUUUCAACGAUGGUUGGGUAAAAAGGAGGAAGCCACAUGGAUUAUAUCAGCAACAAAACUCCUCUCUUUCUAGCUACCAGCAGCUCCACCACCAAGCACAAAAAAAAACCCUCUAUAAAUACCAACCAAAUGUGCCCAUUUAUCUCUUCCAACUCACAAACCGAAUUCCCAUUCUCACGUUAGAGAGAAGAGAAGAGACUGCUCCAUCUACUGCUCUCUCUCUCUCUCUCUCUAAACAUAUUUCCAACAGUACUGUUCCUUCUAGAUACUCUCUUACAUAAUCCUCCCAGCCUAGCUAGCUACAAAAAAAAUGGCCAAUUGUAUGAGGGAGCUUUGUACUAUUAAUCACGAGGGAAAGAAGGUGAAGGACGUGGAGGAUCAGGAGUUCGACCGAGACUAUGGAUGUGCGAACGGCGACACCACCGGUAGUACGAUUACGAUGGACGGAACGGUGGAUUGGAAAGGGAGGCCGGCGAUCAAAUCCAAAUCGGGGCAGUGGACUGCCGGAAUCAUCAUCCUUCUGAAUCAAGGACUGGCUACCUUGGCCUUCUUCGGAGUUGGAGUGAACUUGGUGCUAUUUCUUACCAGAGUUCUGCAACAAGACAACGCUGAAGCUGCUAACAAUGUCAGCAAAUGGACUGGAACCGUGUACAUAUUCUCCCUUGUUGGUGCUUUCCUCAGUGACUCCUACUGGGGAAGAUACAAGACUUGUGCCAUUUUUCAAGGCAUCUUCGUCAUGGGUUUGGUGUUGCUGUCACUGUCAUCCUACCUCUUCCUGCUACGCCCAAAAGGCUGUGGGAGCGCCGAAACGCCAUGUGGAGUCCACACCAACGUGGAAGUAGGGCUCUUCUACCUCUCAAUCUACCUCAUUGCCCUCGGAAAUGGAGGCUACCAGCCCAACAUUGCCACAUUCGGAGCAGAUCAGUUCGACGAGGAAGACCCCUUCGAAGGACACUCCAAAGUCGCCUUCUUUAGCUACUUCUACUUGGCCCUGAACCUGGGCUCCCUCUUCUCCAACACCAUCUUGGGUUACUUCGAGGACGAAGGCGUGUGGGCGCUCGGGUUCUGGGCGUCUGCUGGCUCUGCCUUCGCUGCUCUGGCCCUGUUCCUCGCGGGUUCGAGCAGGUAUCGACACUUCAAGCCCACGGGGAACCCAUUGUCGCGGUUCUGUCAGGUGAUUGUGGCGUCCAUAAAGAAGUGCAAGUUUUCGCUGGGAGGAGAUGGCGAUGGUGGUUUGUAUGAUGUCGAUGCCAAAGACGGCUCUGGCUGUGGGAAUGGGAAUGGGAGGAAGAUCCUGCACACACAUGGAUUCAAGUUUCUGGACAGAGCGGCUUACAUUACAUCAAGAGACAUGGAUGAUCAGAAGAGAGGGUUCCGCAACCCGUGGAGGCUGUGCCCUGUAUCACAAGUAGAGGAAGUGAAAUGCAUACUGAGGCUGCUCCCAAUCUGGCUCUGCACCAUCAUCUACUCCGUCGUCUUCACGCAGAUGGCGUCUCUGUUCGUCGAGCAAGGCGCUGCGAUGAACACAACCAUAUCCAACUUCAAGAUCCCACCAGCCAGCAUGUCGAGCUUCGACAUCCUCAGCGUCGCCCUCUUCAUCUUCCUGUACAGGCGUGUACUGGACCCUCUGGUCGCGAGGAUCAAAGGAACGAACGCCAGGGGGCUCACGGAGCUGCAGAGGAUGGGGGUGGGGCUCGUGAUCGCCGUACUCGCGAUGGUCUGCGCAGGGACCGUGGAGUGCUACAGGCUCGAGUACGCACGGAAGGAUUGCACGCACUGUGAAGGCUCGAGCUCCUUGAGCAUAAUGUGGCAGAUACCGCAGUAUGCGCUGAUAGGAGCCUCCGAGGUGUUCAUGUACGUCGGGCAGUUGGAGUUCUUCAAUGCUCAGGCACCCGACGGGCUGAAGAGCUUCGGCAGCGCGCUGUGCAUGACCUCGAUCUCGCUCGGGAACUACGUGAGCAGCCUGCUGGUGACGAUGGUGAUGAAGAUCUCGACCGUGGAUCACAUGCCGGGGUGGAUCCCGUCGAAUCUGAACAGAGGUCACCUGGACAGGUUCUACUUCCUGCUGGCCGCCCUGACGUCCCUCGACUUGGUUGUGUACAUUGCUUGUGCCAAGUGGUACAAGAACAUCAAGCUCGAAGGGAAGAACAACAGCAACUCGGCGGAGGAAGACGAAGAUGAUGACGAUGAUGAUUAUAGUGAUGAUGAUAACCACAAGUGUGGAGUCUAAGCUAUGUAACUUGGUCUGUGUUAACAGGUUGAAGCAUUUUAGCAAGCAAUAUACAUAUGAAUAAAUACUAAUAGAGAGUGGAAUGGGUUUCUGUUGCUUUUGUAGAAAGAGGGGAAUGUGCUGAUCUUAUGUAAAGCUAGGGAUUGGGAAAUGAGGGAGGUUUCCAAUGAAGGCAGCUGUAACUUUUUUCAGCUACCCUCAUUCUAAAUCUAAGCCUGGAAAUGUACUGUAUGAUUACCUACAGAGUACUAUCUUCUUCAGUUACUAGCAGAAGAGUGCGAGAAAGGACAAGGAUGAUAAACAUGAACAAUGCCA